GGGUACUCUCGCGAGAUUUUAGACCUAACAGACUCCUAACAAGUUUGGCUAAAAUGUUCAGCCAUACAAGUCAACAUACUAAGGUGAGUGACCGUUUGAUGAAGCGACCAGCUGCAGACCUGCUAAUCGGCCCGUGGCUGGAGGAGUCCGCCAAUGGAUCAGCUGUUAUUACAGAGCGUCUCUCUUCUACACAAAACUAUUUUGCGAGGAGAGGAGCAGCCAGCUCUUCAGAAAUGUAAGGACUGUUGUUCCUUGUACCACUGUCCUUUCUGUGGGCCUGAGAUGUUCAAACCCACCAUCAAAAGCAAAUGUUUGAAACAUUUACUGGGUCACAGAAGAAGAGCAAUACGGCACAAGGAGUUCUUCAUUUUUAAAUGUCAUUUAAAGUGCCGAACUGCUCCACACUUUCACUGCGUCAGCUGCACAUCCACUUUUAUGAGGAAAGAUGGUUUUCUAAAACACCUGGCCAUGUGCGAGAGCAAAAAACCCAAGGUAACAGUUGUAGAGUUGAAAUCAGAGGAGAGUUUACCUGCACCAGAUCUUCAUCUGACUGCGUCUGAGGCUGGCAGUACUGAGGAGAUGCCUGUCAGUGAGGGACACAGAAGUCUGAUCUCUGAAGGUGCUCAGAAAAUUAGGAGAAGAAAAGCAAACUUUGAGCAACACUUGUGCCCUAAAAGGGCUGUAAGUGAGGAGACAGUGAGCCAGGGCCCCAGUCAUUCAGAGACUGCAGACCAAAACUUCACAGGUGAAGGAGGGGUUAUUGAAAAGCAGGUGAGAACAGAGGACCCAACUAUAUCCCCAGUGGAUGAAGGAGAUCCUUCAAUGGUAGAUCUUUCUGUAGUGGAUCAUAAUGUCACAGAGACCACCAUCUCAAAUUCUGCAGAGGCUGAUGUCGCCAUACAGACUUUGGUAAAUGAGAUGUUCUCUGGACACACAUCUGUUGAAAGCACCAUCCCACAAAGAUCCAGAUCUGAUGCACAAGAUCUGUGUCCGUUCUGUGGUUUAAUGCUGCACAGGAAGAAUCUGCAGGUGCAUUUAAGAAGGAAGCACCCAGAUGAAGUUUCAAACCAGGAGAAACCUGCCUCUGCUCAGGGGAAAAACCCAAAACAACAGAGACUUCCUUUGCGACAACAACAGAAGAUUACAAUGGAGAGUGAGAUCAGAGAUGUGUUCAGACACUGUAUCAGGUUUCCAGUGCCCAUUUCUGCCUCUGUGAUCGCUGAUGAGCUGGUGGACUCUGUCAGUGAGACGCGUUGUAUCACCGUAUUGACCCGUUGGAGUCAGUGUGAUUUGGAGAGAGGGGUGAAACUGCGUUUCUCUCAGAGAUGGACUCUACUGUGUAAACACAACACAAUUGAGCAUGUGCUGCCAUCUGGAACAAGCUCGCAUAUAGAGAAAGAGUUGCUCAGCUGCCAUUCUCCUUCUGGGACUGUUCACGCUGUCAUCCGGGAGGAAGCAGGACAUCAGUACUUGGAGGUUUGGGGCCAAAAUGGUCUGGAGAAAACUUUGGACCUUACAGCUCUAAAUAAACAUGGAAAAGUGUACGAAGAUGCUCAGUUUUCAUGUCUGGCCUGGUCACCAUGUGAAAAAAAGUUGCUCUAUGUGGCUGAAAAAAAGAGGGUGGAGCCAUCAGCACAUUCAUCAGCCAAUGAGGAUGGUGGGCUUGUGUUGCUUGAAGAACAGGAUAAGAACAUAUAUGUUGAAGACUGGGGUGAAGGUCUGAUGGGUAAAAGCUGUCCAGUCUUGUGUGUAGCUGAUCUCAACAAAGAGGCAGUUAUCAUUUAUGCUGGUGUACCUCCACAUGUAUCACCAGGACAGGCUCUGUGGGCACCUAAUGGAAGGGGCGUGGUGUUUGUGGGCCAAUGGAAUGAGCCAUUCAGACUGGGCCUGAAAUUCUGCUCUAAUCGUAGAUCAGCUCUCUACUACCUGGAUAUGAAAGGGAACUGUGAGUGCUUGUCAGCUGAAGGCGUGUCUGUUUCAAGCCCUCGAAUGAGUCCAGACUCGUGCUGGAUCGUCUACUUGCAGGGACAGGUGUUUGGACCACAUCAUCAAUGCCUAAGAAUGAUGCUGUAUGACAUGAAGAACAGAAGCACUUCGGUCUUAGUAGAUGUGGUCCGGAGAGCGGAAAAAGGUCAGUUUGCUGGUAUAUACGAGUCGUUGCCGUCUCAAUGCUGGUCUGCAGACAAUGAGAGAAUCUUCUUCAGCAGUGCCUGUGAAAACAAUAAGGCAGUGUUCUCAGUUGACAGAACCACAGAAAGAGUAACACAAGUGUGCAGACUGGAUGCACUAAGACUAGAUGAUUUUGGAAGUGUGCAGCUGUUGGCAAUACAAAAAGACCUGAUGGUGAUGAGCUGCUCAUCUCCAAAUCAACCUCCUUGCCUUAAAGUUGGCUUCCUCUCAUCAGUGGAUCAGGCUGAGGACAUGCAACUUUGUAAUGUGGGCGGAGCAGAUGUGUAUGAGGGAUUCGAUUGGCAGCCCAUGUUGAUCACACCCCCUUCUCAAGAGGAGAACCAUCAUUUCUCUGGACUAAAUUUUGGAGCAAUUUUGUUAAAGCCGUACAAUCCUCCAGAGAGAAGGAAAACUCCUCUAGUGGUAAAUAUACAUGGUGGUCCUCAUGCUCAUUUUGCUGCUGACUGGAACGCCACAGCCGCUGCUUUAACCAAACUAGGAUUUGCUGUUCUGAUGGUGAACUACAGGGGCUCCACAGGUUUCGGUCAAGAUGGCAUAGAGUCUCUGCUUGGAAACAUUGGCAAUCAGGAUGUCAAAGAUGUUCAUAGGGCAGUGUUGUGGACUUUGCAGAAUGAGACGACCCUUGAUCCUGAUAGGGUGGCAGUGAUGGGCGGGUCUCACGGUGGUUUUCUGGCCUGCCACCUGGUUGGUCAGUAUCCAGAUUUCUACAGAGCAUGUGCGGCAAGAAACCCUGUGAUCAACGCAGCCACACUGCUUGGAACCAGUGAUAUUGUAGAUUGGAGAUAUUUCUCUGUUGGGCUUCAGUAUGAUUUUGACCGGCUGCCCACAUCACAGUCCCUCAUUUCCAUGCUGGAGAAGUCACCUAUAAUACAUGCUGCACAGAUCCGUGCUCCUGUGUUGUUGAUGUUGGGUGGGAGAGACAGGAGGGUAUCAGCUCACCAGGGUCUGGAGCUCUACAGAGCACUCAAGAGCAGGAGCACACCUGUCAGGUUAUUGUGGUACAGUGAUGAGGGUCACUCGCUGUCUAAAGUCAACACUCAGUCUGACUGCUUCCUCAACAUCGUUCUGUGGUUUAAAGAACAUUUAAACUGACACAGCAUUUCUCAGAAAUGCAUAUAAAAUAUUCAUCAGAUGUUUUUUUUUGUCUGCACAUGUUGUGAUUGACAUUCUUGCCAAAACUGUAAAUGUCCAUAAAUGUUGCAGUGAAGCUGAAGCUACAGGUUAUGCAGGUCAUUCUCCACUAGAGGACAGACCUGUCCAUGUUAAAUCAGCACUGCUAUAAUAAGGGGUCAAAUGCCAAAGGAUGAAGUGAUUUAGGAAUCAGAGCUCAUGUACUGUGAUACUGAACUUCUCUUUUCAGAGUCAGUAUCUGAAAAUUCAAACUCUUUUGUGAGAUGUUUACUCUUCACUAUGUUUUUAAUGGACAGUAAUGGUCUUGCCAUUUUUUUUUUUUUUUUUUGAUCAAAUCUAUUUGAAUUUAAAUACAAAUACAUGGUGAUUGUUUGUAGAUUUAAAUUAGUUUUAUUAUGAAAAAAGUACAUUUAGGGUGGAAAGUAGAAGAAAAAUACAAAACCCUAUUUUAUAGUUUCUGUGAAAAGUAUCGAUAGAGAUCUUCAACAUUCCAUAUUUAUAAACAUGAUGCGAGUCAGAAAUGUGUGACAUUAAUUUUGGCCAGUGUUUAUGCACUUAGAUCCCGGUGCGCAUGCUAGCCUUAGUGGCAGCUGUACCGGCUCACAUGUCUAAGACUUUUGUGUCCAUUUCACUUACAGCCGCUUAAGAAAGGUAUUUACCUCAAAGAUUUCUUUGUUUCAUAGUUUAUAGCAGCAUUUUUGUCCUUGCACUUAAUCUCCAAAUCCUCUUUGACAGAUUCAUUCAGCUCUUGUGUUUCUGUCAUGAACUUUUGGUUUGCCAUUUGUGGCAUGUUGAACACCAGCCAGCUUUAAGUUAGUGUUUUGUGGCCAAUUGUAGCAUGUGGAUUUUCAAUAUUCUGGCAGUCUUAGGGGGCAGAUUGCUUUAUACCCUGUUAAGAUUGUAUUGCUAAUGACCCACAGAGAAAGAAGUAGAAUACAACAGGUCACCUGAGACCACUGCCACUGUGUGUGUGUGUUUAAGAGAGAAAGAAAGAAUGGUCUGUAUUAUUCACCCCUUGAUCGGGUUUGGUGUAGGUGUCUGGGUCUUAGGGAGGUCAAAUAUCAUUAAAAGUCUUUACUCUCUGUCUCAGUUUGCCUAGAUGCUGGACGACAUGUUCAUAAAGGAGGAUUAAAGAGCAAGGCAGAAUUUGAGAAUAAACACAAACACCCAAAAAACAGAAAAUCAUUGCCAGUGGGUGAAAAGCAGAUAAAAAGCAGAAGCAGAUAGGGAGAAAAAUCUGAGUAUGUUUAAGGUCACUCUGGGGUAAAAUGAGCCACAGCUUCCUUGGUGAUCUCAUGAGCUCUGAUGUGACACAUUAAAUGAAAACACAAAAGUUAUCUGAUGGCUCAAGCAUUUUUUUCCCAGAAUGCUUGGAGUUGGGUAAGAACCAAUAGGCUUGGGGUACAUUGAAUCAACGGUCAUAAAUAUGACACCGCUUGAAGCAGUGAAUUUAUUUGAGUUGGCAGUAUAAUACAGCAUAAAUUACAUCCUUCAGACAUUUUUGUUAUAUUUUGGUUCAUGUUGCCUCAGUUGCUUUUGGAUAUUACAAGUCUUAUAUAAGUUGUUUUCUUUGAUCCCUUUUUAAAGAUCUUCAAACUGAUAAACAGCUCUACUCUGUUUUGUUUUCACCUAUUUAACAGAAAAAGGAAACAACACAAACCGGCUCAGCUUACCACAGGCCCAAAGUUGUGCUAAACCUGGGUGUUGCUUUGGCUAGUGGACAGUGUCUAUCCAAACGGGUGCCCACCCAAAAGAACAAGUCAAAUUUCAUUUUUAGCAUAGAUUUUCACAUAUGUCUUUUUGAUUUAUUGGCUGUUAGAUCAUUUGUUGGACUAUGCGUAUGUGAUUGGCUCUGCAUUGUUUCAAUAGGAUGUCUGUCAAUGUCCAUCAUAUACACUAGUUUCUAGGUUAUUUCAGUGCCACCGGUGCCAAAAGACUUUAUGAUGUCUGAAAUAUUAAACAAUGAGCUAUUCAAAGCAGUUAUUGUAGUAUUAUUUAUAUAUUAUAUUAUUACAUUUUGAAUUAGCUUUAUUUUUAUAUUUUCACUUUUAAUUUUAAUUUUAUUAAUUUUAAGGCUUUGCCAUUUUUUUUGUUUUGUUUUUGUUAUUUCAAAUAUUUAUAUAUUAAUUAAAUAUAAUAUCUAUUUUUAGUUUUAGGGUGCUCUUACUUUUGGUUCGAGUGCCUGUUCCGAGCCUGAAUUCGUUUGCUCCCCCGUCCCACUGGCUCCACUGGUUUGUGUUCAUAUUGUGUUUUUUGGGUUCUGAACCACGGAACAUUUGCUUCAUCAGAGUGGUAGCUGUUUACCCCUGUUACUAGGUAAUGACUAUGAAAAGGUUCAAAGGAACGCAGGAAUCACUUUCUGCGAGCAGACAUCAAUCAAACCCGGGUGCGCACCAAAAGGCCCCGGUGUAUUCACAGGAAAGUCCGCUAUUUCACUUGCCUUGGUCCAGACAAAAAUACAAUGUUGAGGUUUUUUUGUAAAUUAACCAAAAAUUGUAAACAAAACCACACGUGUGCUAAGGUCA